AAAGGAAGGGGCAGAGCCUUGGCGCUGCCGGGCGGGCGGCGGGAGAGGCCUGAGCCGGCAGCGCAGCUCUGGGGCUCUCCCUCCUCCUCCUCCACCCCUCGCUCGCCUCCUCCCCCCACCCAGCGCCAGAAGGAGGAAGAGAGUCCGAGACCAGCACGGCGGCGUUCAGCGCGGAGCUCAGGGGAGGCUGGUAAGAGCAAAGGACUCUCCAAGCAGCAGGGCCCGAAGGGAAGAGAGCAAAGCUUGUGAGGAACUUAGCCGGGAGAGAAAGGCAAGAAGAGGUGUCCACUGCCUGGCGAGGAGACCUGCCGGGAGCCGCAGCAGCCUGUGGCCAAGAAGGCAACUGGGCAGGAGCGCGGACGCCCCCAAGCUGAAGGGGAAGGAGCGGAACAAGCGGACGCCGCCGCAAUUCCCUCCUCCUGCGCCUGCCUGCUCUGCCGGGAUUGGUUUUGUCUCCUGGAAUUGCGUCGCCUGCGGCAAGCUCGGAGUUGCUGGAGGGUCCUGGAAAAACUGACAGCAUCAAUGAAUGGGUUGACUUUUUCUCUCAGCUCCAUAUUAUUUGCAACAUAGCUAAGAACGAUGCAGUCUAUAACUGAAAAUGGAGACCCUUCUGGAAAACAAAAUGAAGAGAAAACAUAUAAAAAGACUGCAUCCUCUGCUAUUAAAGGUGCCAUACAGCUGGGAAUAGGAUACACUGUGGGUAAUCUCACAUCAAAACCAGACAGAGAUGUACUUAUGCAAGACUUCUAUGUAGUAGAAAGUGUAUUUCUGCCAAGUGAAGGGAGCAACCUGACCCCUGCUCAUCAUUAUCCAGACUUCAGAUUUAAGACAUAUGCACCUCUAGCCUUCCGAUACUUCAGAGAACUCUUUGGUAUUAAGCCAGAUGACUAUUUGUAUUCAAUUUGCAGUGAACCUCUAAUAGAACUGUCCAACCCUGGUGCCAGUGGAUCCUUGUUCUUUGUCACUAGUGAUGAUGAGUUCAUAAUCAAAACAGUCCAACACAAAGAAGCUGAGUUCCUUCAGAAGCUGUUGCCUGGCUACUACAUGAAUCUCAACCAGAAUCCAAGGACACUGUUACCAAAAUUUUAUGGACUCUAUUGUGUUCAGUCGGGGGGUAUUAAUAUCAGGAUAAUUGUGAUGAACAAUGUUCUGCCUCGAGCACUGAAAAUGCAUUUCACAUAUGACUUGAAAGGCUCCACAUACAAAAGGCGAGCAUCCAGGAAAGAACGAGAAAAGUCCAACCCCACUUUUAAAGACUUGGAUUUUCUGCAAGACAUGCAUGAAGGAUUAUAUUUUGACUCUGAAACUUAUAGCGCACUGAUGAAAACACUACAGAGGGAUUGUCGAGUGCUGGAAAGCUUUAAAAUAAUGGAUUAUAGUUUGUUGCUUGGAAUUCACACAUUGGACAGUGCUGCCAAAGAGAGAGAAGGCGAGAAUUCUCAGAAUGCAUCUGAUUCUAAGCGUCCAGGAGGUCAGAGGGUUCUCUAUUCUACAGCUAUGGAAUCCAUACAAGGUCCAGGAAAAACUGGGGACUGUGUCAUCACAGAAAGUACCAAUACAAUGGGAGGCAUUCCAGCUAAAAGCCACAAAGGAGAAAAACUGCUGCUUUUUAUGGGCAUUAUUGAUAUCCUGCAGUCUUACAGGUUAAUAAAGAAGUUGGAGCAUUCGUGGAAAGCACUUGUAUAUGAUGGGGAUACAGUUUCAGUCCACAGACCAGGUUUUUAUGCUGACAGGUUUUUAAAGUUUAUGAGUUCCAGGGUGUUCAAAAAAAAUCAGGCUUUAAAGUCCUCUCCCUCUAAGAAACGAUGCAAUUCUAUUGCAGCUCUAAAAGCUACGUCACAAGAAUUUGUAUCUAUCCUUAGUCAAGAGUGGAAAGAUGAAAAGCAUGACUUGCUUACAGAGGGACAGAGUUAUUCUAGUCUUGAUGAAGAAGUAUUAGCCUCAAGACAUCGGCCAGACUUAGUGCCAAGCACCCCAUCCCUGUUUGAAGCAGCUUCUUUAGCAACCACAAUUUCUUCUUCUUCCCUCUAUGUAGAUGACAGUUAUCAACAUGAUGGAAGUAGACUUUAUUCUAGCAGUAAAGGAUUGCCUUCGAGUUCAACAUUCACCUUGGAAGACAGUGCUAUCUACUUGACUUCAGAACAGAGCACAGUAGAAACAGAGAACGAUAAUGCUUCUGUCCUGGAUGUGUACUUAUAACAGCCCAUAAAAGAUGGAUUUUUAAAAAUAAGCAUAUUUGAAGAAAAGCACUUUCUGCACUCUUAAUUUACAAGGAAAGAUUUGCUGAGCCUAGUAAACAAAGAGUCAUAAUCAACAGAACCUCUAUGGAAAAUGUCAAAGGAUUCUUGAACCGUAGAAAUAAUACCUUCGACUCAGCAAAUGAGACAUGAAACAUUCCACACUUUACUAUGAUGUGCUGUUGCCUGCUGAACUGUGAAGAACUGCAUACACCAUACUUAAGCUGCUUUCUCUACUAUUGCCAAUCAUCUUUUCAGGACUUGAAAGUGAUAUUUUCCUAUUGACUCUCAUGUGAUUUUUUCAUUUGCAUGUAUUUGGUGAUUAUGCACAAACAAAAUAUCUAAUCUGCUUUGCCUAUUUAAGGAACCAUCAUCACAGUGGUGAAUAUUAUGUAAAUCAAUUCUGCUUUUCCCUUCCUUCCCCAAAAUUAUAAUUGCUUAUAUAUUAAUUUCAUACAAGGGUUAGUGUAAUAUGUCUGCACAUACUUUAUGGAAACUGUCUUCUAUAAAGAAAUUUUCACUGUUUAUUAGUGAAAUGAUAAAAGCUAUUUAUAACAAGGCCUUAUGUUGUGUACAUAUAUUGUCUUUGAAAUAUUUGUGAUUAGAUAUAUUGCUUGUAAAGAAUAAAUUACAUAAUUUAUUUAGUAUAUUCUACUGUAAACUAUAGUUUUAUUGACAGAAAUAAAGUAUUUUGUUCUCAAAACAA